UGGAGAGAGAUUCAAGCAGAGAAUAUUUAGAGAGACAAUCCCCGGUGCGCGUUCUAACCCGACUGAAAAAAGUGUGACGCGGUGUCUUUUUAAUUUCGCCUAGUGAACUAGUGAAUGAUCGUUCUGUUUGUUUUUAAAAAAAAAGUGAUCGGCGUCAAAUAAUAUUCAACUCUUUCAAUUAAAAGUGAUUUUUAAACUAGUUGGAAAAAGGAGAGAAAAAUGUCAACUAAAGCAAGUAAAAAGACAGCGGCAACUUCGUCGUCGAGCGCUAGCUCACAGCAAACGCCCAUGCCGAGUACAUCGACGCCAAUUGGUACACGACGUCCAGGAAGUCCUCUAAGUCCAACUCGUUACUCGAGACUUCAAGAGAAACAGGAUCUACAGAAUCUCAAUGAUCGUCUUGCCUGUUAUAUUGAUAAGGUCCGUUAUCUCGAGACCGAAAACACCCGGCUCACGCGUGAAGUUCAAACAUCUCAGGAAACAGUAACGCGGGAAGUUUCCAAUAUUAAAUCUAUGUACGAGCAUGAAUUAUCGGAUGCGAGGAAAUUAUUAGACGACACUGCUAGAGAAAGAGCAAAACUCGAAAUUGACACCAAACGUCUUUGGGACGAUAACGAGGAUCUCAAGUCUAAACUUGAGAAGAAAACAAAAGAUCUACAGAUUGCUGAAAGAAAUGCUACGAUUUAUGAAUCUCGUUGUGGUGAUUUACAAUCACAAUUUAAUCAAUCGCAAGCUGAACGCAAAAAACUUUCCGAAAGGGUACGAGAAUUGGAGAAGGAAAAUGAGAGACUACAAACUUUAUUAGAUGACUGUCGGAAGAAUCUCGAGGAAGAAACUUUACAGAGAAUUGAUCUUGAAAAUCAUAUUCAAAGUCUCAAGGAGGAGAAUAGUUUUAAGGAUCAAGUUUUCCAACAGGAAUUAACAGAAACACGUUCACGUCGUCAGGUCGAAAUAUCAGAAAUCGAUGGACGUCUCGCUGAGCAAUAUGAGGCAAAAUUACAACAAUCACUGCAAGAAUUGCGUGAUCAGUAUGAAGCUCAAAUGCGCGCUAAUCGCGAAGAAAUUGAGAUGCUGUACGAGAGUAAGAUUAAAAACUUGACAUCUCACGCACAACGAAAUAGUGGAGCAGCAACUCUUGCAGUUGAAGAACUUCGUCUAACACGUACACGAAUCGAUGGAUUGAAUCAAAAGAUCAGCGAACUCGAGACUCUUAAUAAUGCACUUAAUGCUAAAAUCAGAGAGUUGGAAACUUUACGCGAGAAUGAAAGAGCUCGUCACGCCGAAGAUUUGGCAAAUUUGGAGGGUGAUUUGUCGCGAAUGCGUGAUGAAAUGGCUCAACAUUUACAAGAGUAUCAAGAUCUUAUGGACAUCAAGAUUGCUCUUGAUUUGGAAAUUGCAGCUUACAGAAAGCUUCUCGAGGGCGAGGAGGCUAGAUUAAAUAUAACACCGAUGCCAACUCCUGGCUCAACGAUGACUGGCGGAAGAACAACUCCAUCGCGUCAUACACCAAUUCGAGGUGGAAAACGAAAGCGCACACUUUUAGAGGAAAGUGAAGAGCGAAGCAGCAGUGAUUACAGUGUUUCAGGAACAGCAAGAGGAGACAUGGAAAUCACAGAAGCUGAUCCACAAGGACGUUAUGUCAAGUUGACGAACAAAGGAAGCAAGGAAUUAGUUUUGAGUGGCUGGCAAUUAAUCCGCAAAGCUGGAACAUUGGAGACAACAUUUAAGUUCCACAGGACUGCGAAAGUCGAUGGUGGUGCAAAUGUUAUGGUCUGGUCGGCAGAUGUUGGUGCCACUCACGAACCACCAUCCAAUAUUGUUAUGAAAAGUCAAAAAUGGUUUAUCGCUGAUAACAUGACUACAAUUCUUUUAAACAACGAUGGAGAAGAAAUGGCAACAUCAGAACGUAAGAGGCAACACUUGUCCACCACUUUGUCUCGACAUAGGGAAAACCUUGGUUUUAGAGGAUCUGAAGAUUUUCAUCAUCAGCAGAGAAAAUCUUAUCUCUACCGAUAAUAAGUGAGAAGGCACACGGCUCAAAUAAGCAGCCUAUGGCGAUCCACAAGGUGAUGAUCGUUGUUCUUUAAUGUGAGCAUAAUCUUUAUAGAGAAUAAGAGAUAUAUCAAAAAAUUAAUUAUUAUUUUUAAA